AUGGAGACUUCUUGUUUUGCUAAAAAUGUCAUUUUUGUUUGGGCUUUGGCUUUCAUCGCUUCAUCCCCUUUGGCUUGUGUUAAAGUAGCUGGAUGCACCAAAGAACAGACGAGAGCUCUCUUGGAGAUCAAGAACGCCACAAAUGCUCAUUCCCUUGCGGAUUGGGACGGAAGGGAUUGGGUUUUAUCAUUUUCUACUUUUGCCAAUGCUUCAAGUCUCAUAUUACUUGAUCUUUCAAGCAACUGCAAUUUGGAAAUUGAAACUGAAUCCCCCUCAUGGGUUCCAACCUUUCAGCUAAAUUACCUGAACUUGGCGAAUUGCAGCCUCAACAAGAAGAAUGGUCACGUUCUCCCAAGCUUUAUCACCACCCAAGUUACCUUGGAUUUUCUAGACUUGUCUCACAACUUAAUAGAGGGAAGCAUACCUUGUCAGUUGCUAUUCAACACGAGUAUCAGAAUUUUAUUACUGAGAAGUAACAAAAUUGAUGGUUCACUUUUUCUUGGUUGCUCUGCUAAUCGAACUUCAUCACUUCGAUUCUUCGACAUGUCAGAUAAUAAUGUCAAAGGUUCUCUUCCCAAAAAUAUUGGGGAUCUUCUUCCAAACUUAUACAAAGUUGACAUGUCCUCAAAUGCAUUAGAGGGCUUCAUUCCUUGGUCUUUUGGUAAUCUGAAUUUUGAAGUAUUGGACCUUUCUAAUAACAAGCUCUCAGGGAAAAUACCGCAAAGUUUGACUAGAAAUGGCACCCUACUGGUAUAUCUAAAUCUAUCAAACAAUACAUUGAAAGGAGAAAUGCUCCCAAGGGACUCCAACAUGACAAGUUUGGAGUGCUUACAACUCAGUGGCAAUCAAUUUCAAGGAAUGAUCUCACCAGCGAUAUCAAAUAGUCCCUCUCUGGUAAUCCUAGAUAUUCAAAACAAUAACUUGUCUGGUAAUAUUCCAAAGUGGUUGUAUGAUCUUCCUUACUUAACGGUAAUUCUUUUGAGUAGAAAUCACUUUCAAGGUCACCUACUCCCAAGAAUGUGUCAAAUGAAAAGUCUGCAAGUUUUCGAUAUCUCUGAUAAUCAUAUUUCAGGAGGUAUUCCCACCUGCCUUGACAACAUUACAUUAUGGAAGAACAGUUCUUCAAGCUCUAAUACAUUAAAAUAUUUCAUAGAAGAGAGAUUGUAUUACCUAGCAAUUGAAAUUCUAGGUUACGAAAUGUUUACAUUCGAAAUUAAAACGUCCAUGCGAACAAAACAUGAGGUAUGUGCUUACAAAGGUAUCCCACUCUCAUUGAUGACUAUAAUUGACUUGUCAUCUAACCAAUUGACAGGUAACAUUCCUUUUCAAAUGGGAGGAUUGUCGCAGCUUCGGUCUUUGAACUUGUCGAAUAAUUUUCUAACAGGCCCCAUUCCAAAUUCUUUUCAAACUUUGAAAAACAUGGAGAGCUUGGAUCUUUCCCACAACAAGCUGAGUGGGGGAAUCCCUUUUGAAUUUGUUGAAAUGACUUCUCUAUCAGUAUUUAGUGUUGCCUAUAACAAUCUUUCUGGAAGAGUCCCAUUUGAGCGACAGUUCUCAACAUUUGGGACGCAAUGCUAUGAUGGAAAUCCGGAUCUAUGUGGAAACCCUCUGAAGAGAAACUGCUCAACUGCAAACCAGCUUGAACCUGGACAUGAAGAUGAAAAGGAAGAGACUAGAAUAAUCGAUAGGCCUUUAUUCUUCUAUGCAUUUGUUGCUGUCUCUUAUGCAUUUGGAUUUUGGGUUUUCUUUGGGAUCCUAAUCAUUAACAAGAAUUGGAGGCAUAUCUAUUUUAGAGCUGUUGACAGAAUUAUUGAAUCAUGUUUUGAAAUGCUCUAUCGGUGA